AAAAGGAAUGAAAAAGUCCAUGGAUUGAGAAGGAGAAAAAGUUUUGUUUUUUGAUCGUCGCUCAUACCUUCAUCGUGAUUAAAAGUAAUACAAGCUUCGUUUUCAAUUACUUAAACCAAACGGAAAAGGUUCCAUCUUUGAAGUUUUCUUAUUGAUUUUCAGAAUUUGGAUUGAUUGAAUUGCUUGGAGGAUGACAAUCGAAAAUUCCACGCCGGAGAUGGUAGUAGGAGGGAGGAACAGCAGGGUUGUGGAGAAAAAGGCGCCAUUGUUGCCGAGCAAGAAGGAGGAAGAAGGUGGGUUUGGUGAGUUCAGUAGUGCUUCAUUUGCUGGUGGUGUCUUCAAUCUAUCUACCACCAUUGUUGGGGCAGGGAUCAUGUCCUUGCCUGCCACCAUGAAAAUCUUGGGUCUUAUUCCAGGGAUGGCCAUGAUUGUGUUUGUGGCUUUCCUUACUGAUGCUUCUAUUGAGAUGUUGAUGAGGUUUAGCAGGGCAGGGAAGACUAAUUCAUAUGGAGGAGUAAUGGGAGAUGCAUUUGGGAGGUUUGGGAUGGUUUUGUUGCAGAUUUGUGUUGUUGUGAAUAAUGUUGGUGUGAUGAUUGUCUACAUGAUCAUCAUUGGUGAUGUGCUCUCUGGGACAUCUUCAAGUGGUGUUCAUCACUCGGGUGUCUUGGAAGGAUGGUUUGGAGCACAUUGGUGGACUGGGCGAACUUCUGUUCUUACUGCUACAACUCUUCUAGUUUUUGCUCCAUUAGCAUGCUUCAAGCGUGUUGAUUCAUUGCAAUACACCUCUGCCUUAUCAGUUGCUUUAGCAGUGGUUUUUGUUGUGAUCACUGCUGGAAUUGCUAUAGUCAAACUGGCAGCUGGUGGUGUUGCAUUGCCAAGACUAUUUCCUGACCUUCCGAAUUUGAUAUCAAUUGGGAAACUCUUCACAGCAGUUCCUGUUCUUGUCACCGCAUAUAUAUGCCAUUACAAUGUUCAUACCAUCGACAAUGAGCUUGAUGACAACACGCAGAUAAAACCAAUUGUGAGAAUAUCACUAUUGCUGUGUUCUACUGUUUACAUAGCCACAAGCUUUUUCGGUUUCCUUCUCUUUGGUGAAUUCACCCUUGAUGAUGUACUCGCGAACUUUGACUCAGACCUUGGCAUCCCUUACAGUAAUGUAUUCAGUGAUGUUGUCCGUGUGAGUUAUGCAGUUCAUCUCAUGCUCGUGUUCCCCAUCAUCUUCCAUGCCCUUCGUCUCAAUUUGGAUGGCCUCGUUUUUCCUGCUGCUAGACCUCUGUCCUCCGAUAAUCGUAGGUUCGCGUUACUCUCAGUGAUUCUCCUUUCUGUCAUAUUCUUGCUAGCAAACUUCAUACCAAGCAUAUGGGAUGCCUUCCAAUUCACCGGUGCAACUGCUGCGGUCUGCAUUGGAUUCAUCUUUCCUGCUGCAAUUACUCUUAAAAAUAAUCAUGGGAUAGCAUCAAAGUGGGAUAAGAUUUUAUCGGUCAUCAUGAUCGUUCUUGCGGUCUUCUCCAAUGCAGUGGCCAUAUACAGUAAUGCCCACACUCUCUUCACCAAGAGCGACAAAGCUACCACGACUCUGGGUUCAGUCUCACGGUUCGCUUUCAUCUAAGGGUAAUCUGUAUCUACCAUGAAUGCUGUGUGCAUAAAUCAAGUUAUUAGAAUUGUUUAAGCAAAAAAAAAAAAAAUGUGGAUACUCCCUUUGUAAGAUGCGCUAUACAGUAAUAGUUGUUCUACUCAAUAUAUAGGUUGAGUUACCAAUUUUAUGGACAUCCCUGGGAAGUGUAUUUUUGUGUUUGUAAAUUGAUGAUGGAGCUGUAUCUUGAACACCUGUCUUUUAAGUUAAUAUAUUUACUGUCAUUAGUUCUUCA